CCAGAGGGAUCAGAGGUCCUGGCCGGAUCAAGGGCAGAAUGAUGGCCACCAAGGGCAGUGACCUCAGCACCAGGGUGUCUGCAGAAGACCAGAGACUUAUGUGUGAGAUUGCAUUAAAACUCUUCAAGGAACAUAAAGUCGAUAUUUCAAAUGCAAUAAAAACACCAUUUCCUUUCCUUGAGAAGCUUCAUGACCGUGGAUUGAUCACCAGUGAAAAGUAUAAAGAGUCUAAAAAAUCUUGCGAAAACCUGUCACCUGUACUGAAAGUGGUGUAUGAUGUUUUCAGUGAACUGGAAGAGAAACAUCACCUGUCACUUCUGCAUAUCUUGUUCAGCAAGGCCAUCAUGAACAGCUACCCAGAUUUAAAAGACAUUCACACAGGAUUCAGAAAUGCGAUCCGAAAGGAAAUUCGUUACCGAGCAAAUGAUGAAGGAAAGAGUGCAAAAAACCAUAAUAUACAACUGAGUCUUGAACAAGGAGCUGGUGGAAACUCAUAUCCAUUCCUGACCUGGCUCUUCCCGGAUCAGUCCAAUUACACAGGUACAGCUACACCUGACAAUAGACUUUCAGAGUGCCUCUCUGGAACAGAAGACAUAAAUGUGCUGGAUACAGUUACAAUCAGUGACAACAAUGCAUUAGAAACCCAACAAGGGAUUGAGAAAUAUGCCCAAGAGUUUGAGCCAGUAAUGACCAGCAGUGCUGACUCUGCAGAACGCAGAAACAGAGAAAAGCCUCCAAAAGCUUCCACCUCAGCACUGAAAAGAAAACCAGAGUCUAUGAACUUAAAGCCAUCUACAUCUGGAAACAAACCUUCCAAAAGAGUGAGAAGUCCUGAACCAUCUUCGGAGUUCAGUGCAGAGGAGAAGCCCCCAGAAGCCGGGAGCUCUGCAGUGAGAACUGGUGCUGACCAGGAGGGUUUCAUGGAUGUUGGAAACAACUCUGCUUCACAAACACCCAAGAAAAAAAAAACGGCAACACAGCAGCCGGGUGUGUCUGUGAAUUUUCGUGCUGAAAUACUUCCUGUGGCUUGUGGGGUGAUGACUGGGCUGUUAAUUAAGAGAAAAUUGGAACGAGGAGCCACAAGGAAGUGCAUAAGAACUGAAGAUGGAAACUGGUUCACCCCCAAGGAAUUUGAAGUCAAAGGAGGCUACCAAUCAUCUAACUGGAAGACCAACCUGACCUGUGGUGGAAAAACCCUAAAACAGCUGAUGGAGCUUGGAUUUAUCCCUCAAACUCCAGUUACACGUGAAAACAGACAAUUGGAGGAAAACUCAGACAAAUGCACGAUCUGCCAGGAUGGAGGAAGGCUCUUCCCCUGUGAAAAUUGUCAGAGCUUCUUUCAUGGGGACUGUCACCUCCCACCUGUGGACACAAAGAGGAACGGUUGGAAUUGUACCUUCUGCAUAGUAGAAACUUCUUCAGGAAGUCUGCAGGAUUACCAGGAAUCUGAGGUCCUGGUGAAGGAGAUGGAUCCUGGGAGGAAGUUGAAAUGUGAGUUCCUGCUCUUAAAGGUCUAUCAGCAUUUAGAGAGGAACAUUUUCCCAAAUAUUCCACGUGGAAGUUAUGUUACAAAGGCUUCUCAAUACAUAGGGAAACUUAGGGCGUUGGACACGAUCAAGACGAAACUCAUCAUGGAUAAGUACUCCAAAGUGCAAGAUUUUAUGGAGGCCAUGAACAAAUUUUUUCAGGACCCCAGGCGUGAGAAAUUACAUUUAAACCAGGAGGAAUUUAUGAAGAAAUUCAAAGAGGUCUUCGCUAUUAAGGAAACAAAUUAGAACAGUGCACUCAUGCAGUGCAUGCUGUUGGCACCCUGAAACAUCACGCUGCUUUCUGGCACAUUUCUUAUCCUCCUGCUGCUAUGAGGUUGACUGCUGAUGCCACUUCUCCCCAAUGUAUUGCUUUGGGCUAAAUGGAGCCAGAUUCACCUGAAUGUUAUAUCUCUGUGGCCUAGGGGAUGGUUCCCACCCCAAGGUUGAACCAACCAUGUUCAGUGACUCCAUGUCCCCAAGGGACUGAGGCUACAACUAUUGUCUAGCUAUGACCAUAAACUUGCUUAGCUUUCUCCUCCAUGGUAUCCUGCCUCCCUUACACUCCUCCUCCUGAGAGAAUCCUCACAAUAAAUCACGUAUUCAAGACACUU